UUCGCUAGGUGUAACUUCGAUCGCGGUGAAUAUCUAAUAACAUUUAAUACAGACGAGUUUAAUUUAAAAAUGUUAAUGUUCUUUUUAUUAUGCAAUUAACGUGACAAAUAUAAUAUACAGAAAAUAUUAGAAUUUAGGAAUAUAUUUCUUGUUGUGAAUCUCGUUUACAAUUAUCCGUUACAUUGUUAAAAACAAGUAUAAAAUAUCCGUGAAGUGUUUUCUAACCUCUAAGCAAUAACUAUGAAUCCAGAUAUACAGAAGAAAAUUCUACAAUUUGAAGCUUUUAUAAAUGACGUGCUAAAGACUGAUCUUGCUAAAUUAGAAGAAAAACUUAAUAGUAAAAAUACAGAUAUUGCUGAAUUUCUUCAGCUAAAGACUAUUAUUACUACCUUACAAUCCAAUGGUUUUAAUAAAAGUGGUUUUAAAACUCAAGUAGAUAUUGGAAACAAUUUUUAUGUUGAAGCUCAUGUUGAAGAUGCUUCAAAUAUUCUACUAGAUGUUGGCUUGGGGCACUAUGUUGAAUUUAGUUUAGAGGAAGCUUUAGUUAUAAUCAAUGUUAGAAUAAAACUUUUUGAAAAACAAAUAACUCAUAUUAGGAAACAAAUUGCAAAAACUAAUGCCCAUAUAAAAUUAAUUUUAAUAGGUAUCAGAGACUUACAAGGAUUAAGAUAGUAUAUGUGUUACCAAAUUGUACAAAUUAGCUCUUAUACUUUCAAUUAGGUCUUCCAAGAUAUACAUAUAUCUUAAAAAUCCCAAGUCUUUAUAAAAUGUAUUUUUUAAAAUAAAUGUAUACUUAUAUUUCAAGUA